AUGCAGCGCUUUUCGAGGCUGGCUAGGCUACGGCCUCCACCUUCCUUCGAGGCCGCGAGACAUGCCGCCUCGCUGACUGCCAACCCCCAUACGAUCCGCGUACAAAGACGAUUUAUGGGCAUCACAUCUCUAUUUCUCGGAUUCUACCUUGUUAGCUCAGUCGCGAUCGAAGUGGUGGACGAGGACGAGGAGGAUUAUGAGGGUUCUUUUCAAGAUGAUCGGGAAGGCGUGCGGGGAGGGCCUGAAGAAACCGCUCUCGAAGCCUUCAUACCAUUUCCCUUUACCGAGCAAUUGAUACAGCCUCCGUCCUACCAUAGGGGAUCCCCAGAGUGGGUAGCCUUUGACAAAAUCAACAGGGACCCCAAUCUCAAGACGAAGAUGAAGAAGGAUCUCGGCGAUCUCACCAUGGAGGUUCUAGGCGCAAACAAGGUACUCCAAGGAAGAUGGGGACAGCCAUUGCGCUCCCAAGGCUGGCUCAAGCUCUCAUUUCCGGUAGCUCCACACCCGGAAUGGAUGCAACAAGGCUUGCUCAUCCGGAAUGGUGAGAUCGCAUGGGCGGUGAAGCAACCAGUCGAUCCUUACGUGAUUAAGAUGCUCCACAACGUCCUUUGGCCGGCGCCGCUAGCCUCGGCGUUGUGGCAGUACACGAAGACUGUUACGGGCCAGGGCCUUAGUAGGUUCUUUGGCAUCGAUGGCACCCCAACCGCGCCGACUGCCGCUGGGGGCGUGAUUAUAGUCGCCGGGCCGGAUGAGAGGAGGUCGCACGUUAGCCUACCGGUGAAAAGGCAGAUUCCAGGCUCAACAACGACUGGAACAUCCUCGACAGAACAAGGGAAGCACGUUCCUAGCCAACCAGGGGACACGGAUCAGACUGCAUCGCGCUCCUCCGACACCCGUAAGGACGGUGGGGCGACGGGCGAGGAUAACAAAGCGCUCGGCCCCAGUCAGUCUAAGUUACUUGACAUUGCACGGGCGCCUGUAGACCUGCUGCGCGACAUGUCGCCGACGGCAUGGGAUCAGCUCGUUUUCCAAGUCCGGAGCAUCUGGGCACGAGCAUUGCGCCUUUCCAAGGCUUACACAUAA